AUGGCCAGCCUCCUGGAUGCUGAUUGGCUGAAAUGGCAACCUCUGCCAGGGAGCUCUCACCGCCUUCUGUUGCGGACAGCUUAUUCUGCCAGGGCAGUUGUGUUUAGGCUUGGGGUUGCUGUGGGGGGAAGGAGCGACGAGACAAAUCCACAGCGAAUGUGUACGGAUCCAGGAAAGUACGACCGACACCCAUUGAGCCCUGCCACUUUACGCGCAAAAGAGACGAACCUUGCUGCACUCGUUGAACGCAUCCGACGUAUCGACUGCCAAGUUUACGCCACUCCCUUUUGCGAUUGCGGUUUUCGAGACACCGACACAGACCGCACGUUCACAGACGGACGACUUCGUACAAGGGGAGCGGCAUUGUCCCCGGUACGACGAAGUAGACGAGGGAGAGAAUUAAAAGUAAUAAAGGCCGAUACGCAAAAUCAACAAGAGAACGGCAUCGAUCAGCCCAGAGGCCUCAUCAUGUCGACGAUUACCAAGAACGCCAUUCAGUCGGGCAACCCGCCGAUCCGGCCGCUGCCGUUUGACGCCAACCAGCCCGAGACGAUCCGCCUGUACCCGCUCUCCAACUACACCUUUGGCGUCAAGGAGACGCAGCCAGAAGAAGACCCGUCCGUGGUGGCGCGCCUGCGCCGUCUCGAGGAGCACUACGCAGAACACGGUAUGCGGCGCACGUGCGAGGGCAUCCUGGUGUGCCACGAGCACAACCAUCCGCACAUUCUGAUGCUGCAGAUUGCCAAUGCCUUCUUUAAACUGCCGGGCGACUACCUACGGCCGGAGGACGACGAGCUGAGCGGGUUCAAGACGCGGCUGGACGAGCGGCUGGCGCCGGUGGGCCGCCUGGGAGAGGGCGAGGAGGCUGGAGACUGGGAGGUGGGCGAGUGCCUGGCGCAGUGGUGGCGGCCCAACUUUGAGACGUUCAUGUACCCAUUUAUCCCAGCGCAUGUGACGCGGCCCAAGGAGUGCAAGAAACUGUACUUUAUUCAGCUGCCCAAGUCGAAAGUACUCAGUGUCCCAAAGAACAUGAAACUGCUGGCAGUCCCCCUGUUCGAGCUCUACGACAACACCGCCCGCUACGGCCCGCAGCUCUCGGCCAUCCCGCACCUGCUGAGUCGCUACAACUUUGAGUUUUACGACGAAGACGGUAAUGUCGUUGCGGCGACCCCCGGCGGUGUGAACAGCGCCGGUGUCCCUCCAAAGACGCGCGUAUUGGCGGGCAACGACGACGGCGACACGGAUAUGAAGGAGGAGAAUGGAGGGAACUAG